AUGAAGAACCAGUCAAGAGAGAGAGAGUUCAUUCUCCUGGGACUGACUGAUGACCCGCAAUUGCAAAUUGUGAUUUUUAUAUUUCUCUUUCUAAACUAUAUGUUGAGUGUGAUGGGGAACUUAUCCAUCCUCCUCCUCACCUUACUGGAUCCCCGCCUCAAGAAUCCCAUGUAUUAUUUCCUCCGAAAUUUCUCCUUCUUGGAAGUUUCACUGACAACAAUCUGUAUUCCCAGAUUCCUGAUCACCAUCGUGACUAAAAACAAACUCAUUUCCUACAAUGAUUGUAUGUCUCAGUUAUUCUUCUACCUCUUAUUAGGAGUUACAGAAUUUUACCUACUGGCUGCCAUGUCUUUUGACCGUUAUGUAGCGAUCUGCAAACCCCUACAUUACCUGAUCAUUAUGAGCAACAAAAUGUGCUACCAACUGGUACUCAGCUCAUGGACAGCUGGCUUUCUGAUUACCUUUCCACCAUUGAUCUUGGGACUGAAACUGGAAUUCUGUGCUUCCAAAGUAAUUGAUCAUUUCAUGUGUGACACUUCUCCUGUGCUGCAGAUUUCUUGCACAGACGCUCGUUUCCUAGAAUUGACUUCAUUUGUCUCAGCUGUUGUAACACUCAUGGUCACAUUGCUGUUAGUGAUUCUUUCCUACACAUAUAUUAUCAAGACCAUUGUAAAAAUCCCCUCUGCUCAGAAAAGAACAAAGGCUUUUUCUACUUGUUCUUCUCAUAUGAUUGUAGUCUCCCUUACUUAUGGGAGCUGUAUCUUUAUUUACAUGAAGCCAUCGGCAAGGGAAAGGGUGACUUUAUCCAAGGGUGUAGCUGUUAUCUACACCUCAGUUGGCCCUUUAUUAAACCCCUUCAUUUACACUCUAAGGAACCAGCAAGUCAAACUAGCCUUCAAGGAUACACUACAUAGAUUAUAUUCCUCUAGGAAUAAACAGUCAAAAUGCUUUCUUUUAAAAAAUCUUGAAGUAAUUUUCUUCAUUCUGUGGUUAUGCAAUACAGUUUGGUGCAUUUGA